CGAUCCGCGUCCUCUUGCUCCCUCCCGCCGCCAUCUCGCGUUCGUCUGAUCCGUUGCUCUCGCAUUCCACGGCCGCGACCAUGGGCGGCACCACGGUGCUCCCGCCGUCUCUGCCCCCGCGCCGCACCGCCGCCGACCUUCACUCGUGCUCUUCCCGCGUGCGCGUGAACCCUGCCCUGAUGGCGAACCCCGCCGCUGCCAAGAGGCCGAAGCGUCCCAUGUCCGUGCGCGACGGAUCGCAGCCGCAGCCGCCGGCGAAGCGCGUACGCGGUGUCUGCCCCGGCGGCGAGCUCCGUGUCGCGAUCACCACCGCCAAGAUCAACCUUCCGUGUCCCACCAGCGGCAAGGAUCCGAAAAUUCCCAAGAACCAGGUCGCUGAAUCUCCGGCGAGCGCGACGCAACCGAAGCCGCCGAUCAGCAUGCGCGAACUGAUCGAGAAUGCUCGCCUCGCCAAGGCUUGGGCUCGCCCUGCCGCCGAAGAAGAGACCAGCCGUCGGCGUGACAUCGAGCGCAGCAGAGCAGAGGCCCGGCGAGAGGUGGAGCGGAUGGUGGACACCGUGCAGUUCAACGACCCUUACAUCGACCCCUCCGACGUGACCAAGUCCCCACAGGAGCUGCUGGAAGCAAGACAAGAAGCAUGGCGUGCUCAAGCUCAGCUCGUUGCGAUGGCUCGUCGACGGGACAUGGAGAUGUACAAGUGAUGCAUGCAUAGCAUAUCCACGGAUGUGUGCUGGAGUGAAGUGAUCGGAGGAGGAAGAGAAGAAGAAAGCUCUUCCGGUGUGCAGUCUUACGGGUGGUACUCUAACUUAGCCGAGCAAAGCAGGGGAAGUAGUCUGCACUUUGCACUCAACAGAGGUGGUCUUACUUAACCGAGCAAAGCAGAGAAACAAAUACUCCCUCCGUUCCAAAAUAAGUGUCUCAAUUUUGUAUUAGCUCUAAUACAAAUUUGUACUAAGUUCAAGACUCUUAUUUUGGGACGGGGGGAGUAGAUAAGUAACAAGG